AUGGACGUGGAUGAACAGAAACAGUAUAAAGUACAGCUCUUGCUGCAUGUGAACAGUCUGUUGCUGGCGAGAGCCCUGCGGCUCUCGCAACAACAAGACCAACUGCAACAUCAACCACAGUAUCUAAAGCGCAUACACGCUAACUUACAAUGCAUAUCUCAAUUGAACCAAGGUCUACCGAACGCUAAGCCUAUGAUAAUGGACCCGCCGCCUCAGCAGGACUCCCCACAACAAGAUAUACUGGCAAAACUAUACCUACUAAUGGCAAGAGUGUUCGAAAUAUGGUAG